AACCGUUCGCUUGCCUUCAGUCAUCCGGCGGCUGCACAGGCAGGUGGAACGCGAUCAACGUAGUGGAAAAAAAAAUCCCCGGUAGAUUUAUCACUGGUCUGCUGUCGAACUUAGUAGAUCUUCGGUGUGUGGCGGGAAAUGGUGUUAGUGAUUCUUAGCUAGAAUAUAUACAGCAGAUCUACUUAAACAACAUGACGGAGGAAACGAAAACAGGAGAUGUCCCACCGAAUGGCGAUGUAGCGGAUGUCGAAGGAGAGCCCAAGAAACUGAAGUACCCGCGCUCUAUCCCAUUCAUUAUCAGCAAUGAGUUCUGCGAACGCUUCAACUACUAUGGCAUGCGAACUAUCUUGGUGCUGUACCUCACUCGAAAGCUGGAUUAUGAUGAUGAUACGGCAACGGUUAUGUAUCAUUCGUUCACAACCUUGGUCUACUUUAUGUGUAUUUUCGGUGCGAUCAUAUCGGACAGUUGGCUCGGUCGAUUCCGAACGAUCUGGUCCCUAUCCAUCGUGUACGUAUGCGGCAGUACACUGAUCUCGAUAGGUGCUAUCCCAACGCUCGAUGUCAAUGCCCAGGCUAUGACCAUCAUCGGUCUGCUGCUGAUCGCUGUCGGUUCCGGUGGUAUUAAACCGUGUGUGGCUGCUUUCGGUGGAGAACAGUUCCAAAUGCCCGAACAGGCACGGUAUUUGGCAAUCUUUUUCUCGAUGUUCUACUUCGCCAUCAAUUUGGGUUCGUUCAUAUCCACUAUGCUUACUCCGAUUCUUCGUGAGGAUGUCAAGUGCUACAGCGAAGAUGACUGUUUCUCUUUGGCCUUCGGAGUUCCCGCUAUUUUGAUGGUGGUAUCGAUUGCCAUCUUCCUGAUCGGAAAGCCACUGUACAAACUCACCGAUCCGGCGGGUAACAUGUUCGUUAAGGUAUCCAAGUGUAUUUGGACUGCAAUCCGUACCCGAUCCAAGGAGAAAUCAGUGAAUCCUCGCGAGCACUGGCUGGAUUAUUCGGAGAAGCGCUGGGGACAACAGCUAGUAGAUGAAACCAAGAUUUUAAUGAACGUUUUGCGACUGUACAUUCCGCUUCCGGUCUUUUGGGCGCUAUUCGAUCAACAGGGCUCCCGCUGGACUUUCCAGGCAACCAGAAUGGACGGUGAUCUCGGUUCUUGGACAAUCAAACCCGAUCAGAUGCAGGUUCUCAAUCCGCUGUUGAUCCUGGUCUUCAUUCCAUUGUACGAAGUCGCCUUCUACCCACUGUUGUCUUUAAUCGGGAUUCGACGCCCACUACAGAAGCUUACUCUCGGUGGAAUUCUAGGCGGUGUAGCAUUCUUCAUCUCCAUGAUCGUGGAGAUUCAACUGGAACACACUUACGCCGUGAUGCCCCAAGGCGGCGAAUCACAACUUCGCAUCUUCAACGGAAUGAACUGCGUAUACAACGUACAAACCAACAUUCCCGAUCAUGCCAAUUUCGUAUUGGAAGCGAUGGGAUCAUUCGAAGAAAAAUACGUUGGUGUUCAAGGUGAAAAAUCAUUCACUUACUCAAUGUCUUCGAACUCUCCCGGCGCGGGAUGCAAUGUGCCACUAAGCGGACAAUUCCAGCUGAACGAACGGGAACAAAUUUCCUACUUUGUCAACAACCGUGGCGGAACGGUGAAUUUGCUGCGCUACCUAGACAACACCGAAAAAUCCUCCAAAGGUUACCCGGUGUUCCGAGUUCUCGGAAACACUGCAGUCGAUCGGACAUUCGUGUUCAAAGACUUGGAUCCCUCGAAUUCAUUCGAUAGACAUAAGAAUAGUACUUACUACAAUGAUAUUAUAGAAUCUUUUCCUUCGGAAUAUGAGAUAAUGGUCGACGAUAAACCCAUUUUCAAGUACACAAUGCGACUUGGAGGCGUUUACACGUUCAUCCUGACAGAGGACGAAACUAAUAUCACGGCCAACGUCAUCACCGUUACCGAUCCAAACUCGAUCAACAUGCUAUGGCUGGUUCCGCAGUACGUUGUGCUAACGCUGGGUGAGGUCAUGUACUCGAUCACCGGUCUGGAGUUCUCCUUUACGCAAGCACCGGAGAGUAUGAAAUCUGUCCUGCAAGGCUGCUGGCAACUAACGGUCGCCAUCGGUAAUCUAAUCGUGGUCAUUGUGGCCGAAGCUAGGAUCUUCGAUGCCCAGAAGUGGGAGUUUUUGCUGUUUGCUGUGCUGAUGAUCGUCGACAUGGGGCUGUUUGCCGUGCUCGCCUACUACUACAAACCGAUUCCGCUGAAAAAGUACGACGAUGAUGACGCUAACACGACCCUGCCCAUCGAAGACCAGAAGGAGGAGCGCGGAUUGGAAAAUCCGACCUACACCAAGAGUGAAUAAUUGCCAGGAAAUGACAACUACCAUGUAGAUAAAUGUUUUUUUAGAUUGUGCUGUUGUGCAGCCGCAGUUGUUAUAAGUAUACAUAUGUAAAAGUUCAUCCUUGUAAAAUAAUGAUUGGAAAAUUUAA